AUGUCCCCAUUUUAUAAUAGCAUAGACUACAAUUUGCAAUCAAAACAGGGAUGCAACAAGAGGUGGGCUCGUAAAAAUCUUGCCAUAAAAACCCCCAAUGGAGGAAAUCCGGUCAAGAAAAAGAGUACCACAGUAUCCGAUAACGAUAACCAAAACAACCACCCACCCUCCAUGUCUGUUACCAACAGUGGUACAAGCCAGUUAGGAGCAAGACCAGCGCAGAAGGAAGGAUGUUGGUCUCACAACCCAAACUGA